AUGUUAGUGGCUCAAAUGUGGGGUCUAAAAAAGAAUCGUCCCGCCAUGAACUACGACAAGUUGAGCCGCUCUCUGCGUUACUACUACGACAAAGGAAUAAUGCAAAAGGUCCUUGGAGAACGGUACGUCUAUCGGUUUCUUUGCGACCCCAGAGCCUAUCUUCGGCUGACAGAAGCGGCCGGCUUGAAGCCCCCGUUUCGAGGCCGGCGACAUGCCGAGCUCGUCACAUGUUCGGCCAAGCGGAGGCUGAAAGAGAGGCGACGUCUGCCCAGUCCCGUAGCAUCGGUUGUCGCCUCGCGAUUGUCGGUCCACGCGAGCGCAGUCGCUGGUGCGAGAGGGCUCGAGUCCCGGCAGACGCGUGAAUUGAGCGUAGAGUCUGCAAAAGCAGGUACCAACUACGCAAUUCUGGCAGAGGCUGUUCUCACCUCCUCUCGCGUCCGGCCUCGUGUCGGCUCAGUUUCUGCCUCUUUCAGGCAGCCGGAAGAAGAGAUUGGCCCCCACCGGGACAAGAUGUCACCGUCUCUGAGUUGUGCUGGUGUGAUUGGUCGGAAUGCCCACUUGCCUGGCAACUACGCAGAAGACGGCUCCAAUCAUGUGCCGCACAGACGUGAGGCAGAAGCGUCUUUCCUGUCUACAAGCGGCUUCUGGUCGGCCGGAAGUUGUGAGACAGCCGGCGAAACGGUGAACGACAGAACUGAGGCACCGGGAGAGAAAGCUUUCUGCUCGUCUACAGGCGACAUCGAGUCUGGCACUCGUCUCUAUCCGCCCGGCCUCGUCUACCCACACACGCCCCGCUACUUGGGUCCACGAAUCCGUGCUACCAGCCUGACAACCAGAAUCACAUCGACUGGAGCGGCUGCUGCUGCUGCUGCUGCUACUAUUGCUGUCGUUACCGCAGCUCGUCUCCCCAUCUCGAUCAGCUCUGCUCAGACCACUCGGCUCCGGCGGACGCCAACUCUUCGGGCUGCACUUUGUUGA